AUGAAUGAAUGUUCGAGUGGUCGGCUUGUCUCUUUCCUCGUCGAAGGUGAUGAUGUUGUCUCGUGUGAAGUAUGCCUGGAGCCGUUUCAACCGAUCAGUAGGCCACCAAAAAUUCUUCCAUGCGGACAUAAUUUCUGCGAUCAAUGUCUGUUCAGCCUUUGCUGCCAUCAACAGUACUACCUGCUCGACUCGAUCCGAUGUCCCACCUGUCGCGCAUCGUUCCCGACCGAUGUCGCUAAGGUCGCACCAACGAAUUGGGAUCUAUGCAAGAUCCUCGAAAAUGUUCAAAAAGGUCGUGAAGUGAAUGUGACUGUGAUUCACGUGCCCGAUACUCCAACUCGAGUUCUACCGAGUACAUCAACGUCAGCGAAAGCGAAAUCGACGGAAAGGACCAAUACUUUGAGGACGUUACGAGAAAGAUGUGGUGGAUGCAAGCGAAAACUUUCCACGAAGAUCCUCACCAAAGCCGCAAGAUUCUGCCAGAAUUGCAGUAACGGCGGCGGAGCGACGAUUUUCUACUGCUUAGAAUGUUGUGUGAAUAACCAUAAUGGACAUACAUUACUGUCGCUGUCACAAUUGGAAACCGAACAACUGAAACUUUUGGAGAAUUCCACUGAAGCAACGUUGACUCAAGGUGGUCCAUUACAGAAACAAUUGCGAGAUGGUCUGACGGAAGUCAACGAUGCUAUUCACCUGCUGGAGUCAUCAUCGCUUCUUCAUCCAAACAAAUUAAGUGAAAUACGAACAAAACAAAUACGAGAGUGCUCGAGAAUCCUAAACUGUGCACAGGACUUCAAUGGAAACUCAAAAGACGCAUCUUUUUCAACAUUUUACGAACGUAUUACCACGCCAAGAUCCAAGGAUACGUUGGAUGUUGGCUCAUUGGAUUUUCUGCUCACAGCUCUUCCUCAAAUGCCUCCAAGUAGCGAUCUACGUCGAUUAAUUGCGGAAAUGUCACCUAUGGAUACACCACAGCAACGAUUGGAAAAUUUCCUAAAUGCAGCCACCAUAAUAACCACAAUAUUAUAUGACGACGUCCCAAAAGCAGAGGUUGCUGUCUACGCGGAUGCUCUUCUCCAUUGUUUUCAUCAAGCCAGCAUUCUUUCAAGAAAAACACCACGUACCACAGUCGUGAAUUCCAGAAAAGCAAUCUGGAAACGUGUACAGCUUGCCUAUACAGAAUUAUUAAGAGUGGGAGCUAAGAAUUAUCCUUCCUAUCAUCCUGAACGUAUAUCUCUUCUGGAUGAUCUUGCUUAUCUUUGUCAUCUGUACGCUGAUGUUUGUGACCAGGCAACUGUCACAAUUUGCAUGAUAGAAGCAGCCCGGGCAAGGGCAUCGGAUGAAAAAUUGGAGGAAAUGGAUCGACAGAAGACUGCACAACGUCUUAAGGAAAUCGAUUAUCAUCUCCUCGAAUGUCGUCGACUACAACGGUUACAAGAUCUGCGAACGACAAAAAUUAAAAAAUCUAGCAAAUUUAAACGAUUGUGGAAAUUCCUGUUUCGAUAUCCGAAAAAACACAACGCAUGCGGAGCACGUUCGGCAAAUAUCUUUUCAAAAUAA